CCACCACACGGAAAGGUUGGUCCUAGCCGCAGAACCUCCGACUUGGGUGUGGACAUCGGUAGUGUCCGUCAGACUGACCUUACCAUCACCGUUUGCUCGCUUCAGCUUAAGUUGCCAGUUCAACAGGUACCGCUGCAUCAUACCCCUCUCCCAGGGCGAUCCUGGUAGGGGACGAAGGGUUUGACCAGUCCAAGGAGAGACGGGGUGCCGUGAUGGAUGACAUCUUCACCCAGUGCAGAGAGGGCAAUGCUGUAGCCGUCCGCCUUUGGUUGGACAACACAGAGAAUGACCUAAACCAGGGAGAUGACCAUGGUUUCAGUCCACUACACUGGGCAUGUCGGGAGGGCCGCUCCAACGUGGUGGACAUGCUCAUUAUGAGAGGAGCACGCAUCAACGUGAUGAACCGCGGAGAUGACACGCCCCUGCACCUGGCCGCCAGCCACGGACACCGCGACAUUCUGGGCAAGCUGAUCCAGUGCAAAGCCGACACCAAUGCAGCUAACGAGCACGGCAACACGCCGCUCCAUUACGCCUGCUUCUGGGGCCACGACCUGGUAGCUGAGGACCUGGUCAGUAAUGGCGCUCAGGUGAGCAUCUGCAACAAAUAUGGAGAAAUGCCACUGGACAAGGCCAAGCCCCACCUGCGUGACCACCUAAAAGAAUUAGCUGAGAAGCUGGGCCAGAGUCUGACCAAAGUGCCCUUUAAGGACACCUUCUGGAAGGGCACGACCCGGACACGACCACGCAAUGGCACACUAAACAAGCACGCUGGCAUAGACUACAAGCAGCUAUCAUUUAUGGCCAAGAUCAACGAGAACCACUCAGGAGAGCUGUGGAAAGGCCGUUGGCAAGGCACGGAGAUCGUGGUGAAGGUGUUCCACAUCCGGGAUUGGACCACGAGAAAGAGCCGGGACUUUAAUGAGGAAUACCCCAAACUGAGAAUCUUCUCCCACCCAAACGUGUUGCCCAUGUUGGGGGCAUGCCAGGCACCCCCUGCUCCCCACCCUGUUAUCAUCACACACUGGAUGCCCUAUGGCUCCCUGUACAACGUGCUCCACGAGGGCACCAACUUUGUGGUGGAUCAGAUGCAGGCCGUGAAGUUUGCACUGGAUAUUGCGUGUGGUAUGGCCUUCCUGCACACACUGGAACCCAUGAUCCCACGUCACUAUCUCAACAGCAGGAGCAUUAUGAUUGAUGAAGACAUGACAGCCAGGAUAAGCAUGGCGGACGUCAAGUUCUCUUUCCAGUGCCCUGGCAGGAUGUACUCUCCAGCAUGGAUGGCCCCUGAAGCCCUGCAAAAGAAGCCUGAGGAGAUAAACAGGCGCUCUGCAGAUAUGUGGAGCUUUGCCGUUCUGCUCUGGGAACUUGUCACCAGAGAGGUGCCGUUUGCUGAUCUCUCCAACAUGGAGAUUGGCAUGAAGGUGGCACUAGAAGGUUUGCGUCCAACCAUCCCACCUGGUAUCUCGCCCCACAUCUGCAAACUUAUGAGAAUCUGCAUGAAUGAGGAUCCUGCUAAGAGGCCCAAAUUUGACAUGAUCGUGCCCAUCCUGGAGAAGAUGCAGGACAAAUAAACAGCCCUUCCAGCCCCCCCCAUCCCCACCGCCCCACCCACACCCCCACUCCCACACCUCCCCUGCUCAUCCUAAACUCCCAGCCCCACCACCACAACACGCUCCACAAAUACUAAGCUCACCAGUAUUGCCUUAAACUCGGCCUUCACCAAAGUGCUGUGUGCCGCUGUAACCUUUCAGCCAUGAGAAAGCCAUUAUACUUCAUACAUCAUUGGACAGUUUUAACCUUAUCCUCCCAACUUAUCUUGUACUGUGCUUUAUGAUUAUGCAAUUAGUGAAUGAUUCUGUGUAUGUGUGUGUGCAUGUGAGUUAGUGUGUCUGUCAGCCUGUGUUUUUGCUCAAGGUAAAGGGGUUUCGAUGCCCAAGUUAUAUCAAUGCCUGUCUACAGCCAUUAAUCAGUGUGUGCUGGUGCUGAUGAGCAUGUGACACGGUGAAUGUACUGUAGCCUCCAAAGUCCGACACCCAACCACUAGUCCGUCCAUUUCAUUGUUCGUCGUCAUCAUAUGCCUUACACGGAGCCAUAGUUCACUAGGAUCGCCUGUGCUCGUCUUGUCUGUAACUCAAACUAUUUAAAUUGUGGGGGUUUGAAAGCUUUGUGAUCUUGAAUGUUUCCUGAGCUUAAGCUGCAAAUGGACUGCUCCUGUAGUAACUGUAAAAGAGAGAAUUAUACAUGCAAUGAAUAUUAACAGUCACUGAUCAAAGCUGCCGUGCUGGCCUUUCUCUCUGCUUUUAGCGGUCAUCCAGGAUAUUAACAGCUGUGGAUGUGAAAUGGUUUUGUCCAAACCUAUGUAUGUUAGGUUUCUUGUAUGCUAAAAGACAAAAUGGAAUAGCUAAUAUGUUGUAUGCCCUAUUGUGCAACUAGUUGCCAAAUGGUGAAGUGCCCUCAGCAUCUUGUUAAACUUUUAUUAUAGAAUCACCACAUUUACAUCAGUGUUGGGGUUUCUAUGGAUUUCAGGUAGUGGUUAUUCCCCUGGAUGCGGUUGAAAGAGGCGUUUUCUUGCUGCAAAUGUCCCAUUGGAGGAGAUGAACUUGUGCUCUGUAACUCUGCUAUAGAAGUAUGGUUUAUGCCCUGCUAACAGCUACUUCUUACUGUUCCACUAACAUGCUCAUGUCCCCUAAUGUACACUGGCUGUGGUAUGUGCUAAAAUGUAAUGUCCUAAGCCGUUGUAUACUGUAUACGUGUAUGUUUUGAACAUGGUGGGGGGAGGGAAUGCGACAACCCAUGAAUGCUCUACUAUAGCCUUUUGCUAACACUGCAUCUAUAAACUAUGCUUUCCUUGCUUUUACUGGAGUCUGUUGCCAGCUUGUCAAUCUGUAAUAAGAGCCAGAGAGAAGAAAAUAUAAUGUUCCAAACAAUGAUUUUAAAUGCAUUGCAAUUUUUUAAAUUGAACUCUCUAGCGCAAAAUUAUACCAUGGAGAAAGAUAGAUAGAUACUUUUUCCUCUAACGAGGAAAGGUCAUAUGUUUUCGGUUUCUGAUAUUUUUUAAAUAAACUGUGGGGUCUUAUGUUUGUCUUAUUUUGGAGAUUUGGGCUGUUUAUAUUUUAUUCAUCAGACGUUUACGAAAGGAAGAUAAAAAAUAAAGUGGUUUGUCCUUGCUUA